CAUCUUUCCACCGCAGGCUUGGGUGAGGAUGGGACUGAUCUGAUGCCUCAGGGCGGACCUGAACACUCAGCACCACCUACUUGACCCGCCUUGGCCACCGAUGUCCCACGAGCCUUGAACGCUAAACAGGUCACGUACUUACUUGCCACCAAUGUCGCCCACCGUACCUAUUAAUGUCUGUUAUCAAGACGCUCAGAACGCCUGUUAGAGACAGACACUAUGUACCGUCAACACAGCACGUCUCGCUCGUCUCCACGUCCAGCAGCGCCUCCGCAUCCGCUGGAUCGCGACUGGAGAUAUGUGCUCCCGCAGUACGAGUACGACAUACGGCGGCUUCCUGAUCAUGGUUGUCGCGCCAUCCAGGUCAGCGUCGUGGCGUACAGAGGAUCGACCUCUGAACGCUCACGUCGGAACCGUCGCGACCUACUUCACAAGCUUUUCAACGAUCUUCAUCAGGUCGACCGGCGCAUCGUCAUGUGCUGGAACUCUGCCCGGGAUCGCUCCUUGCGUGAAACGACGCUACGAUUCCACCGCGAAAGCGUCGUUCAGCGACACCACGAGCGAUUGCGGAUGAUACAGUGUUUCGUGGAAAGCUUCGAUGGGCUCGUCUGCUUGGAGAACUGGGAGGCGAUAUCGAUGGAUGGGGUACGGAGGCCCGAGGCUGACGUGCAGAACUAUCGGGACGAGCUGCUCCAUCCGCUCGUCUCCAGAAUCAACUACCUGCUGGACUUAGUCCAUGGCACCGACCACCUUCCGAAUUUCUCAACCUCGCGAGCCGUCUAUAGGAGGCUGAGGAAGGAAGUGCGGCAGUGGUGGACCAUCAGGGAGGGCUUGCCGUGGGUGUACCGAAGCCCGCGAAUAACAGACGGCGCAUGAGCGCAUGCUUCAAGAUAUAUCUAUAGGUCGAGCGUUAGUGAUCCUCCGGCUGCGCUGGCUACUGGUGUGACUCUCUACGUGCAGCCUAUGCAGACUCGGAGGUGGUUG